ACUACAGAUGGGAAGGUGAUACCGCUUCGUCGAUGAAAACUACGCCCGCAGUUGUAAAGACCACCAGACCUGUGCCAACGGAGUUGAAACUCGAUGUAAAGGACAUUGAGGAGCUGGACAAGAAAGUGAAGCUGGAAUUCCGAUUGCCGGAGGGAGAUUUCAGCAAAGAUGAAAGUGUAUUCAAUGAAAACAAAGACAAUUUGAGAGCACAGCUGUUUCACCAAUUCAAUUCGUCCGGCAUAGAAGGCCUCAAAGAUGUAGAAAUCAUCGGUUUUAGAAAUGGAAGUAUCAUCAUAGACUACAACUUAAUAUUUGCUGUUAAGAGUUUCUUGGGACAAAAUGGAACAUCCAACAGCACCCUGGAUAAAAUCAAAGAUGUCCUUAUCAAUGGGAAUACAACAUUGGAAGUAAAAGUGAAUGGGUCUGUCAGAACGUUUACCCCAGACAGAAAUUAUAGCGUCGCUGAACUUGAAAAGAUAGAGGCAAAGAUACAAAACCCAUGUAUCCUUUACGAUGACGUGGACAUCUGUGCCUUUAGAACACAAACACGGGACUACACAUGUAUUCAAGAGAACCAGGGAGUGCGCUGUAAGCCCAAAUGUGAGGGAUGGAGCUGCAGUGGACAUGGGUCGUGUAUAGUGAGAUAUCCCAGCUAUGAACCCGAAUGCGAUUGUGAUAUUGAUCUCUCUUCUUUCCCUUGGAAAUAUUAUGAUGGUGUCAACUGCACAAAAAUGCACGUGUUAACUCGGACCAAUCCACCAAAGACGACACCAGCCAGACCAACGGUUAAUACCCUGCAGGUGAAUGUCACUUACGCCGAGAAUCUGAACAAGACAAUUGCGCUAGAACUGCGAUUGCUGUCUGGCGAGAUUUCUACUUUUGCAAAGCACGCAUUAGAAGUGAAACAACAGCUAUCAAGUGUAUUUAACGAGACUGGUCGGUUAAGAGGAGUUUCAAUUAAAGGUUUCAGGAAAGGAAGCGGGAUAGUGGGUUUUGAUUUGGUAUACGCAUUGAAGAGUUUCCUACAGAUAAAUAAGAGCGCAAAUGUUCCGGUUCCGAAAAUUGUGGAUGAUUUGGAAACGAUUCUUGACUCUGACAUCAACAUUGUUGUUGGGAGUAAAAAUUACACGGUAGAUCGCAAUUACAGCAAGGAUCAAAUUAAACAUCUAGGAGAUCAAAUAAAAGGUAUGUGCACGUUACCGGGAAGCAGUUUUGACAUUUGUGAAGCAACAUCAGAGUGGCAAGAUGAAUGUGUUUUUUACAGUUCCACGAAGGCUAUUAGUUGUGUGAACAAAUGUCAGUCCGCUGGAAUUGAUUGCAGUGGUAAAGGAAAGUGCAGAGUCACACUCCCGAAUUCUAACCCUAAAUGCCAGUGCUUUUCUGAGGAGGAAUUCUUCACUGUGAUAACCUAUGUGGGAGAACACUGUUCAGAAUCCAGCCAAACUCUAACUCAGGCUGGUAUCAUUAUUAUCACGGCCGGAGUGGGCGGAUUCUUCCUGCUGGUAGUCAUAGCCCUGACCGUGGGGGUGGUCAUCCUUAAGCGAAAGAACAAAGCUACGAUAAGCAAAUACAAGUACCUAGAAGGUCAAGACAGAAACAUGGAUAUUGAAGACCGAUCAACAACAUCGUCUGAGGACUCAGGCCAAGAGUCACGUGACAUGAAACGCUAUGUACACCACCAUAACCUAGGAUAUGGUGCAAACAACAACCAUCGAAGAGAAUACUCCUUUACUUUUUAUCAAUGA